AUGGCUGCCUUGUUUACCAAGUUUUGUUCUCAAGCUGCCAUAGUCUUCCUAUUGGUUCUCCCUUCCUUGGUGUCCAAAUCAGAUGCCGGGAGCAUUGUGGUUUAUUGGGGCCAAAAUGGUGGGGAGGGCACCCUAACAGAAACAUGUAACACUGGAAGAUACCAAAUUGUCAACAUAGGGUUCCUCUCAAAAUUUGGCGGAGGCCAAACACCUAAGAUCAACCUAGCCGGCCACUGUAACCCGAAGUCAAAUGGUUGCCAAAGAGCGAGUAUUGGCAUCAAAAACUGCCAAAGGAAGGGGAUUAAGGUCCUGCUUUCGAUUGGUGGUGGUUUUGGGAGCUAUGGCCUAUCAUCUGAAAAUGAUGCUAAGAAUGUAGCCAACUACAUAUGGAACAACUUCUUAGGGGGGAGAUCAAAUUCAAGGCCUCUAGGUGACGCCAUAUUGGACGGCGUAGAUUUCGACAUUGAGAAAGGUGGACCUCAUUAUGUUACACUUGCUAGAAUGUUGGCUGCGCAUAGCACAAGAGGCAGAAAAGUGUACUUAUCAGCAGCACCACAAUGCCCAUUUCCUGAUCAGCAUCUCAAUGCUGCAUUAUCCACUGGUCUGUUUGACUAUGUUUGGGUUCAGUUCUACAACAACCCACAGUGUGAAUUUAGCUCUGGAAACCCCAAUGCCUUCAAGAGAUCAUGGAACCGAUGGACCUCCUCUAUACGUGCCAAAAUCUUUGUUGGGCUUCCAGCUUCGCGCGCAGUUGCUGGCAGUGGUUUCGUGCCUGCAAAUGAUCUGAUAAACGAAGUGUUACCUUUUGUUAAGAGGUCUCCCAAAUAUGGCGGUGUCAUGCUCUAUGACAAGUUCAAUGAUGACAAGAGUGGCUAUAGUCCUAAAAUCAGAGGCAGAGUGUAA